UAAGUCAUAAACUAAUAUUAAGAGAUAAAUCAUUCGAAAGUAUUAACGAGGAGGAUGAGAAGGGGAGCAUUUUUAUGCCUUCUGUUUUUCUUCAUUUUCUUUCUCUUGCACACUGUCCAAGCCAAUCCCAAUUACAGAGAUGCCUUGGCAAAGUCUCUAUUGUUCUUCCAAGCCCAAAGAUCAGGUAGGCUCCCCAGUGCCCAACAAAUCUCUUGGAGGUUUAACUCAGGCCUUUUGGAUGGUCGACUUGCCAAUGUGGAUUUAAGUGGGGGAUACUAUGAUGCCGGAGACAAUGUCAAAUUUAACUUUCCAAUGGCCUUCACAACCACGAUGCUAUCAUGGAGCACACUUGAAUACGGCAAACGCAUGGGCCCCCAAAUACAAAAUGCUAGGGUUGCGAUCCGAUGGGCAACUGAUUACCUUCUAAAGUGUGCCACGGCCACACCCGGUAAGCUCUAUGUUGGGGUGGGUGACCCAAAUGUGGACCACAAGUGUUGGGAGAGGCCCGAGGACAUGGACACGGCCCGAGCCGUCUACUUUGUCUCGCCGAGCAAUCCUGGCUCCGACGUGGCCGGAGAGACAGCUGCGGCUUUAGCGGCGGCGUCCAUGGUUUUUCGAAGGGUUGAUCCGAAAUACUCAAAGUUGCUAUUGACCACAGCAAAAAAGGUUAUGCAAUUUGCAGUGCAGUACAGAGGCGCCUAUAGCGAUUCACUUGGCUCCGCAGUAUGUCCAUUUUAUUGCUCGUAUUCUGGAUAUAAGGAUGAGCUGCUAUGGGGAGCUGCAUGGCUUCUAAGAGCAACAAAUGAUGUUACUUAUUUCAACUUAUUGAAAUCUUUGGGAGGUGGAGAUGCAACAGAUACGUUCAGCUGGGACAACAAAUAUGCCGGCGCUUAUGUUCUUCUAUCGAGGAGAGCAUUCUUGAGUAACGAUAAGAAUUUUGAGCCAUUUAAACAGGAAGCUGAACAAUUUAUGUGCAAGAUUUUGCCCAACUCUCCAUAUUCAAGUACACAGUAUACACAAGGUGGGCUUAUGUACAAGCUACCAGAAAGCAACCUCCAAUAUGUCACUGCAAUAACAUUUCUACUUACCACAUAUUCCAAGUAUAUGGCCGCCACAAAACAUAAUUUUAACUGCGGCAACCUCCUAGUCACUCCAGGUACCUUGAGAAGCCUUGCAAGGAGACAGGUGGAUUAUAUAUUAGGAGAGAAUCCACUGCAGAUGUCCUACAUGGUAGGCUAUGGUCCGUAUUAUCCCAAAAGAGUUCACCAUAGAGGAUCCUCAAUGCCCUCAUUGGCAACGCAUCCACAAAGCUUUGGCUGUGAAGGGGGUUUUCAACAAUUCUUCUAUUCAUCAACCCCCAAUCCUAACGUCUUGACUGGUGCUGUCGUAGGUGGUCCAAACCAGAAUGAUGGCUAUGCAGAUGAUCGUUCUGAUUAUAGCCAUUCUGAACCUGCAACAUACAUCAAUGCCGCCAUUGUUGGACCAUUGGCUUACUUUGCUGGGACCGGUUAGCUGGAGACUGACUCUUAAUUAACAAGGAGUUCUUUCGCUAAUUGUAAAUUAUUCUCCCAGUUAUGCCAGUCCCAAAAAAGGGAUGUGUGCUUGGACGGAUGGCUUUGCUAUGUUUCCUAGUUUCUUAAUACGUAGAACAAUUUGGUAACUAAAAAAAAAAAGAAAAAUCCAAUAUGGUGAUGCAACAUUAUUUUGCCCUGCUGCAAUUUGACGUCGGAAAACCUUAUGGGAAUAUCAAAUAUAGAAUACACUGUUGGAAAACUAAA